GUCAAAGUGUGACUUAAAUCUCUUUCCGUCAUUCCAAAGUUUGUUUGUCAACAGAUAUAUACAUUUAGAAAUCAUAUCUGCAUUAAAUAUGGCACUUUCCAAAUCAAAAAUUUCAGGCACUGCCCAACACUUUCUAGAGUGUGGUUUUGAAGAUUGUGAGAGAAAUAGUGAAUUUUACUGUAAUUCCUGUCAUCAUCGCAUGUGUAAACCAUGCAGAGACCAACAUUUAAAGAUUCCAGAAAACAAGAACCAUGAGGUGGUCCUUUACCAGCUACGAAGACGACAACUUCCUGUGAUGAAAUGCAAGAUCCACCCAACCAAAGAAAUAGAUAUUUACUGCAAAGACUGCAAUAUUUCUUUAUGUUCAAAGUGUUCAACAAUGCAAGGGCACCAGAGACAUUGUUUUAUUGAUUUAGAAACUAUUUACACAGAGAAAUUUGAACUUUACCAAAAAGAACUAUCUAAAAUCCAUAAUUACUUUGUUCCUACAUCACAGGAUUUACAGAAAGAAAUUCGGGAAGAUGCCACAGAAGUUAAACAGAUCAUGGACAGCAUACGGACAUCCAUGAAGGCUGAAGCCGAGUCUCUCAAAAACAUGGUGGACACAGUGGUCUCAGAAAAUAUGGAAGAAUUAAACCAAAUAGAGCAGUCAUUACUGGAGAAAUUAAAGAGCCAAGAGAAGACAUUUGAUGAUUAUAUUGCCUAUCUCAGUGACCUUAUUAAAGAGUUCCAGAGUUACCUGUCCUCUACUGAGCUCACUAACUUCACAACUAAACUUCCAGACAACUUAGAAAUAAAAUUCAUACCAGAAACCACCAAGCCUGUCACACCAGAAUUUUCUUCUGCUCAAUAUAGCAAAAAUGAUGUUGCUAAAUUAUUAGGGAAAGUAAUUAAAUCAGAUAGAAAGGAAAGAAUAAAAAGAGUAAAGCCAAUGGAAAUUCCUACUCCUGCUUCAUCAAUGAUAUCUACAAGUGAACAGUCAAAACGAGAUAAACACGUGAAAUCUGACAAGAAACAAACAAUGUCUCUAUCUGCCUCUGUCUCCAAGGUCAGGGAGUUCAAUGUACCAGGUGUUGAUCGUGUAUUACAUGUAUCACUAGAUCAACAAGACAGACUCUGGAUCAGUGACAGGUAUGGUAAUCUUGUCCAAACAGAUCUAAAGGGGAAUGUGAUACAGAAGAUAAAAACCAGUGAUGGACGUGGUUAUCACACAGUGACCCAGGACAGGGGUCUGAUUUUUACAGACCAAGACAAGAAAGUCAUCAAUAGGAUAACACAGGAUAAUAAUAUCACUGAAUUCAUUACAACUGGAGACUGGGCACCACUCAGCAUACACUCCUCCCACAUCAACGGGGACUUACUGGUGGGGAUGAGGUAUGGGUAUGGAGAGGGUAAAGUCACCAGGUACAACAAGACAGGAAAAGAACUACAGAACAUACGGGAAAACAAAGGACAGAAUCUGUAUAGUGAUCCACGCUACAUCACAGAAAACAUCAAUGGAGAUAUUUGUACAUCAGACUUUAAUAAAGACUAUUAUAAAAUGGCAGUAGUGGUGGUGAAUAAAUCAGGACAACACAGGUUCUCCUACACAGGUCAGGAUUCAUUGUUCAGUCCCUUUGGAAUCUGUACUGAUGUCCUCGGUCACAUCCUGGUGUGUGAUAUAUACAGUAACACUGUUCACCUCCUUGAUCAGGACGGUCAGUUCUUGUUUCUAUUACUCACACCACAACGAGGGAUACCCUAUCCAUGUAGUGUGUGUGUGGAUGAUGAGAACAAUCUCUAUGUGGGACAACAAUACACCAACACACUGACAGUGUACAAGUAUCUACAGUGAUAAUAAUUCUGUCAGUUGUGUAUAAUUAUAAACUGAAUGGAAUUUUUAAUUUGAAUUUGUGAUUUCAAGCACAGAAAUAAAUAUCCUGAAUAGUGUUCCCUUCAAUAAACAUUAUAAUAUUAUUUUUAUAAAACAAAUUGAACAGACUGUAAAUUGAUGAUUAACAUUACAUCAACACUUUUUUGGAAUCCCAAUUAAAAGAUAUCAGUCUAUUUUUCUAUGUGGUGAAUGGUGAAAAUAAAUAUGAAACAAAAUAUGGCUCAA